GUCAGAAGAGGCAGUCAAACAGAGGUUUCCGUCUCGGGACUGCGGGAAACUAUCCUGUGAAGGAAAGGAGCUGUAAGUCGCUGUAAGUCGCUGUGACCGGGGAGACAGCCCGAACCAAAGAGGGGAGCGGAGAGCUUUUCUUUCAAGUGGCAGUCCGUUUUUUUUUUUAAAGACACCUUUUAUUUGUUCCGGUUGAAGAAACAGGCCUUCGGAGAUGGGCGACAAGGCGGGUACCAGAGUCUUCAAGAAGUCCAGCCCCAACUGCAAGCUAACAGUCUACUUGGGCAAAAGGGACUUUGUGGAUCAUCUAGAUCAUGUGGAUCCAGUUGAUGGAGUGCUUUUGGUUGACCCAGAAUACCUUAAAGACAGAAAAGUGUUUGUGACUCUGACAUGUGCGUUUCGUUAUGGCCGAGAGGAUCUCGAUGUGUUGGGAUUGUCCUUCAGAAAGGACCUUUACAUCUCCACCUUCCAGGCUUUUCCUCCACUGCCUGAGGAGCACAAACCACUCAGCCGCCUGCAGGAGCGCCUGCUCAAAAAGCUUGGCCAGCAUGCACACCCCUUCAACUUCACUAUUCCUCAGAAUCUUCCCUGCUCAGUCACUUUACAGCCAGGACCAGAGGACACAGGCAAGGCAUGCGGUGUAGACUUUGAGAUCAGAGCUUUCUGUGCCAAAUCUGUGGAUGAGAAGAUUCACAAAAGAAACUCUGUGCGGCUGGUGAUCCGUAAGGUGCAGUAUGCUCCGGAGAAGCCAGGACCACAGCCUAUGGUGGAGACCACACGCAGCUUCCUCAUGUCUGACCGCUCCCUCCACCUGGAGGCUUCCCUCGACAAAGAGCUCUACUACCACGGAGAACCCAUCAGCGUCAACGUCCACGUCACCAACAACUCCACCAAAACUGUCAAACGAAUCAAAAUCUCAGUGCGACAGUAUGCUGAUAUCUGUCUGUUCAGUACCGCACAGUACAAAUGCCCUGUGGCUCAGGUAGAAGCCGACGAUCAGGUGUCGUCCAGUUCCACGUUCUGUAAGGUAUACACACUCACCCCGACACUGAGCAACAACCGUGAGAAGAGAGGUCUAGCGCUGGACGGCAAACUCAAGCACGAGGACACCAACCUGGCCUCCAGCACCAUUGUGAAGGAUGCAUCCAAUAAAGAGGUCCUGGGUAUCCUGGUGUCCUACAGAGUCAAAGUUAAACUGGUUGUCUCUCGUGGAGGUGACGUGGCAGUAGAGCUUCCCUUCGUGCUGAUGCACCCUAAGCCCUCUGAGCAGCCCAGCUCAAGACCACAGUCAACUGUACCAGAGACGGAUGCUCCUGUGGACACCAACCUGAUAGAGUUUGAGACGAAUAACUUCUCUCAGGAUGACGACUUUGUGUUUGAGGACUUUGCGCGCCUGAGGCUGAAGGGAAUGAAGGAUGAUAAAGAUGAGGACGACCACUUCUGCUAACCCUGUGUGGAGAGAGGGAGCUAGAUUGAAGGGGCUCUAAGUGUCAGUACUACUACACCACCAUUCCACUGCGCCAACCUGAAAGAGUGGGACGCUCACUUGAGCGUCUUCUCUCCUCUCUUUUUUUUUCCAAUUUCUUUCUCUUGCCCCUCACCCUGUUCCUUUGCAUCCGUGAUGCUGUUGUCUUUAGACCUUUUUUGUUUUUUUGUUGGUUUUCUUGGAGCUACUUUGUUCUUGUGCAUGUGUAUUAGACAGAGAAAAUGAAACCCAAUGAGAAAGGCGAAGAAAGCAGUGAGGUUAAGCAGAACUGGUCAGGAAUGUCAUUGAACAGAGGGUCCAUGAAUUCAGGGGUGUCUUUUUAUCUAGUUUAUAUUUCCCUUCCUCCCCUUCCCCACUGGAAACUGAGUGGGCAUUACUAGCUUUGCAAUAUUGUAAUAAAAUGGGUAAAACCUUACUUCAGUGUAGGGUAUGACCAGGGAACAUGAGCUUGAGACUUUUAUUUCUUUAUCAAAUUCAGUAUAGCUCACCAAGAGACAUUUUCUUUCAAUGUUCUAGCAUUUCAUUGUAUAGUUAUGUAAAAGAUAUACAUAUCGCAUGAACAUGAAUGACUGUUCAGUGUGCUUAAGAGACCACACAAUAGUCAGCACAAUGCGUUGGACCACAGAAGACUCGAUUUAUUAUAGCCAUUGGUUAUGCCACCUGUGUGUGUGUGUGUGUGUGUGUGUGUGUGUGUGUGUGUGUGUGUAGAUUGAGUGUUUUGAUUAAACACAGAGAGACAGCAAACGCUCUGCCUGCAGAGGCCUAUUGCUAUUACAUGCAGCACAGUUAAGAAUUAAGCCGUCAUCUGGUACUGCUGUGUGGUGAAGCUUUUCUAGUUUUAAAUUGCCAAAAUUGAACACCUAGUUUAAUUUGUUGAAUAACUGAGACAUAUUUUUAGGUGUUUGUUAUAAUGUCCAAGAAAUAGGCAAGUCAUCUUAUCAGGCUUCACCAUUUCAGCCGCUUUCCCUUUUUCCACAUUUGUUGAGUGCCAGUAUCGCUAUAUAAUCUCCAUCCAGUGAAGAGUGCCAGAUUUAAACUUUUGUUGUUUUUUUUAAUAAAAAAAAAUUUCAAAUGUUUUAUAUUUAGCCUACUGAUUAAAAGCACUUUUUUCAUUU